AUGCUAUUCACCACAUACCUCACCACCCUCCUCGCAGCGGCGGUAACAUCCGUCUCCGGCACCUGCCUCAAGCAGCCCCCCUCCCCCAUCUGGUCGCCCGGCGGGGACUAUCCGAUGCCGAUCGCCAUCACGGAGACACGGCCUAACCAGAUGACAUUCAUCAUCCCGGCCAACUCGACUGGCCCCUGCCAGCUCGUCGCCGACUUUCCCUACGGCUACCCGAUGACGAGCACGGGGUCCGACCUCGUGUACGUGACCGCGCUCAACGGGCCGGCGGAGGGCUCGCUGGUCGGCGCGCUGCGGUUCCGUCCUGACUCGACUACCGUGUUUGUGAAUAGCUUUGCUUGUCGCGAGAUGAUGGCGUAUUCGCUGAGUAUCGCGCAGGGCGUGGGCGAGGUCGAGUUUGAGCAGACGCGGGAUGCGGGGAUGUUUAUGGAGGUGGGGGAUUGUUAUUAG